GACGAGAUACUGUACAGGGUCGCGGUGGGAAAGCUGUAAUCUUGCGACAUUGUGGGGAAUGCGGGUACUUCUCUGUACCUCACUACACCUGGAUAGCCUGCUUUUGGUUGAACCCACCUGCUUUCUGCGAAAGGAGAGAGCCUACAGGCCGGGUUUGGACUACCACCAAAAUAACCAACCCGCAUCCCCAAACCUGAAAGUCAUUGCAUCACAGACCAGCGACAAUCUUGAUGCGUGCACUCAACAACGUCUAGACUAAAGGACCCUGGCCGAUUUGUUUUCAUCUUUCUCUUCUCCCAUUUUUCUACCCUCUUUGCUUCGUCCUCCCGUCCGCCCGCCCACGCCAAUACAGUGCAGCAGCAUCUAUCCGUUUGGAUCAGCCGUUUGGACGAGCGGACAAGCACAGCACAGCACCGACCGAUACCAACCAAACCUUGACCCAAAACCCCUUCGCGCGCCCCGACACACACAAAGCUCGCCAUGGCUGACGCGCCAAAUGCGAACGACGAGCUCUACCCCAUAGCCGUCCUCAUCGACGAGCUCAAGCACGAUGAUGUUCUCCUUCGCCUCAAUGCCAUCCAUCGACUCUCGACCAUUGCCCUCGCGCUUGGCCCUGACCGCACUCGCGAUGAGCUGAUCCCUUUUCUCGACGAAUCCGUCGAGGACGAGGAUGAGGUUCUUGUUGCCCUCAGCGAGGAGCUGGGUAACUUUGUCGAGUAUGUCGGCGGAUCGCAGUGGGGACACGUCCUGCUAUCUCCCCUCGAGAAUCUUGCUGCUAUCGAGGAGCCCGUUGUCCGAGACAAGGCUGUUGAGUCACUGAACAAGAUUUGCGCCGAGUUGUCACCGAAGCAAGUCGAGGAAUACUUCAUCCCCUUGACUAGUCGCCUCUCCAAGGCCGACUGGUUCACUUCCAAGAUUUCUGGAUGUGGCCUCUACACAACACCAUACAGCAAGGUUGCGCCGCCGCUGCAGGAGCAGCUGAGGCGCGACUUUGGCCACCUUGUGCACGAUGAGACACCCAUGGUCCGCCGGCAAUCGGCCACCCACCUCGCCAAAUUUGUCAAGGAGAUGCCGGCUGCGGUUGUGGUUGAUGAAAUGAUACCCAUGUUCCAGCACCUUGCGUCAGACGACCAGGAUAGCGUUCGCCUGCUCACCGUCGAAGUUCUUAUCUCCGUCGCGGAAGUUGUUCCCAAGGAACAGCAGUCGAGCCAUGGUGUCCUGUUGACUACGCUCCGCAACCUGAUAGAGGAUAAGAGCUGGAGAGUUCGUUACAUGAUUGCAGACAGGUUCGAGAAGAUUGCAAAAGCUGUCGAUGAUGAGGUGGUAUCCAGGGAUCUUGUCCCAGCGUUUGUUAAGCUCCUGAAGGACAACGAGGCCGAGGUCCGGACGGCCAUAGCAGGGCAAAUUCCAGGUUUCUGCGCCUUGAUCGACAGGACGACACUUCUCAACGAGGUUAUGGGCAGCAUUGAGGACCUAGUCUCGGACAAUUCGCAACAUGUUCGCGCAGCUUUGGGUACACAGAUCUCGGGCUUGGCCCCCAUCCUUGGCAAACAAGAGACCAUUGACCACUUGCUCCCAAUGUUCCUGCAGAUGCUCAAGGACGAGUUCCCCGAGGUCCGGUUGCACAUCAUUUCGAAGCUUGAGCUGGUUAACAAUGUUAUUGGCAUUGAGCUCCUCUCACAGUCUCUGCUCCCUGCUAUUGUUCAACUAGCUGAGGACAAGCAGUGGCGGGUGCGGUUGGCCAUUAUCGAGUACAUCCCACUGCUGGCCAGCCAGCUUGGAGUCAAGUUCUUCGAUGAAAAACUGAGCAGCUUGUGCAUGGGUUGGCUUGGCGACACCGUCUUCUCCAUCAGGGAAGCUGCAACUCACAACCUGAAGAAGCUCACCGAAGUCUUUGGAGUCGAGUGGGCCAGUGAGGCCAUUAUUCCCAAGGUGAUGGCUAUGGGCAACCACCCCAACUACCUGUACCGCAUGACAACAUGCUUCGCCAUUUCGACUCUGGCGACCGUUGUUAGCAUGGACGUGAUUGGUAAGAACAUCCUGCCGAUGCUGGACAAGCUCGUCGUCGACGACAUUCCCAACAUCCGGUUCAAUGUCGCCAAGACAUACGGUGUCUUGAUCGACGUUCUCCGGCGCCUUCCUGAGGAGGGUACCGUCUACUCGCUGGAGAAGGCCGGCACGCCGUUCAGCCCCUCGUCCAGGGGAGCAGAGCUUAUCCAACAGCGCGUCAUGCCAAGUCUGGAGAAGCUACAGAAGGAUGACGAUGUAGAUGUUCGAUACUUCGCAACGACGGCGGCCGCGGCUGCGUCUGGACCGCUCCCUGGCGGUGAGCCUAUGAAUACGUCACCAUAGAUUCCCAGAAAGUCUAAUGAAGCAAAAUCCAUGUUCUUAUUUUUAUCAUAUCGUCUUCUCAAGGCCAGUUUGUUGGAAGAAUGUGGCCAUGACAAGACCCCUCGGUGUUUUGAAAUUCUUUGAGAGCAUAUACAGGAGAGGUCCGCGACAUGGCAUAGUGGUCCUGUCUCUCACGGCGCAAAUGAGGGGUGGUUUAUAAAAAAAAAUUGGCUGCUAUCAGAUGCCGAUGGAAAGAGAGGUUGAGAUUUCGCGAUUAA